AUGGAGACCCAUCUUUUCUUUGCCUUCUUUUGUGCCUGGAUUUGUCUCUCAGUUCCCUUGGAGUCCUGUAUUGCAGCUGAUUCCAUAAGGAUUGACCAACCCAUAGGCGAUGGUGAGUCUUUAGUUUCCUCAGGCCAAAGCUUUGAACUAGGCUUCUUCUCUCCUGGCAGCUCCAAAAACAGGUACUUAGGAAUAUGGUACAAGAAUACACCCCGGACGGUUGUAUGGGUUGCAAACAGAAACAACCCGAUCGCAGAUUUGUAUGGAGUUUUAACCAUCUUCAACAAUGGCGCACUUGUUCUUCUCAACCAGUCAAAGAGUGUAAUCUGGUCUCCCAAUUUGUCAAAGGUACCAGAAAAUCCAGUUGCACAGCUCCUGGAGACUGGAAAUCUUGUUCUCAGGGAUAGUGGUAAUGAAAGUUCUGAAACCUAUAUAUGGCAGAGCUUUGAUGAUCCAUCAGACACAAUGUUGCCAGGCAUGAAGGUGGGAUGGAACUUAAAGACUAGUCUACAACGAAAAUUGACAUCAUGGAAAAGUGCUGAUGACCCAUCUCCUGGAGACUUCUCUUACAGAAUUGAUAUUAAUGUGCUGCCUUACAUGGUUCUUGGUGUGGGAGCAGGCAAAAAAGUCCGUUCCGGGCCAUGGAAUGGACUUGAAUUCAAUGGUUUGAAUGCGUUGGAUAACUCGGUUUACAAAGCAGUUUUUGUUGCCAACAACGAUGAGGUAUAUGCCCUCUAUGAGUCUAACAACAAUAAGAUCAUUUCAAGACUAACAUUGAACCAUUCAGGUUUCCUCCAGCGUCUGAAUUGGCAAGCUGCAGAUUUGUGA